AUCCUUCUUUGUCCAUUCGUUUAUUCCACAUUACUCUUAGACUUGACUUGCUAUUGAGAACAACAAAGUGCAACUUUGGGAAUCUGCUCUCUGUUUAUUUAGCACAAAAAUGGACUCAGACUCUGAUUCACCUUUUAAUUACUCUUGGCCUUCCUUACCUAAAAUGAGGAUUCGAAGAAGGGCAUCCAAACCAGAGCACAGACACUCUACCCUUGAUGUUCUUAGAAAAUUGAAGUCUCCCCCUACUUUCUUUGCUGCAACCAGACUUUCUCCCAUGCUGAGUGGAAGUGAUGAAGUAUAUGCAAAUUGCAUGGUAGUGGACCAAGCUGGAGACAUUCAUGGAGAUGGUGUCAGUAGUGAAAUGUGUCUGAAUCCCACCAACUCUGUCCCAAUGGCUAAGAGCUCUUCCUCUCCCUCCCUUGAGGGGAGUGAUCAGUUUAUGUAUCUCCCAAAUGAAGAAAGUCAGAAGCCAGUAAAAAAAGAAGAAAAUGCCAUUUCAGCUUCUCAUCUCUAUGGAGCAGAUUCAUAUCUUCCAUUCAAGACCCAUGGAUUUAUUAAGGAUCGGGGCCAGCUUUAUGCUGACAGGAAAAGAAGUUCAAGUCUUGAUAACCUUGAAGUAGACAUUGGAAGUGGAGGUGUGCCAGACAGAUCCCAUGCUCACUACCCUUCCCUCAGCUCUUCAGAGGCCAUGGCUUCUAGCAGAGACGGACCGGACUUACCUACCAGUCUGCAGCCCAAGGAAUGCACAGUGCCUGGGAUUCGGUCACGCUCCUAUUCCUGCUCCUCACCCAAAGGUUUGGUAGGAAGAACUCGUGUUCCUCAGGACUUUGCAGUUGGGGAUUCAAAUGGAGAGCGGGCGUACAGCCUGGCCGAGCAGUCCCGGGAGCAAAGGAUUCAGGAAGAAGAAUGGAAUAAAUAUGCUGUACCCUCAAAAAAUGAGUCUGAAAAAUAUAAAGUGAGUCGGACUUUCAGCUUUCUGAUGAACAGGAUGACUAGCACAAGGAAUAAAUGCAAGACAAAACACAAAGAUACCAAAGAUAAGGAGAAAUCAACAAGGCACAGUUUUACAUAUGGGACUUUCCCAGGAUUUAUCCCAUGUAUGGUCUGUGAAAAGGCCCUCCUAGGAAAGGAGUCACUGCAGUGCUCUUAUUGCAGUGUGAUUGUGCAUAAAAGCUGCAAGGACUGUGCUCCUGUGUGCACCAAGAAAUCCCAGGAGAAAUCCCAUAAUAAAAACAAGCUCCAAGUUGGUGUAACAAAUUCCCUGCCUGGAGACAUUUCACAGAUGGUGCUAUGCCCAGUGCAUCCUUCUUUUUCUGUGCCUACUGGUCUAUCUUCUGGAAAGAGAGAUGCCUUACCACCCUACCUCUUGUCCAAAAGUGUCCCCAGUGCUGGUUUGGAAAGAAGAGUGACACAAUUUUCUGAACAAGACCCUGAGACUGGCAGCUGGAAGUCCAAGUCACAGUCUGAAGAGAUGUUACAAGCAUUACAGACCUUUUCUUCAAUGGAUGCUUUUAUGAUGGAAGAUGAUGUGGAUUUGUCUCAGUGGACUGAUCUCUGCACAGAUGCAGAAGAGUUUGAGGCAGACUCCUGGAGGCUUGUUGUGGAUCCGAUGUUCUGUAGCAAGCAAGAAAAGGAUGUCAUCAAGCGGCAGGAUGUCAUAUUUGAGCUGAUGCAAACAGAAGUACAUCACAUCCAUACCCUGUUCAUUAUGUCUGAAAUAUUCAGGAAAGGGAUGAAGGAAGAACUGCAGCUUGACCGCAGCAUGGUGGACAGACUAUUCCCCUGCUUAGAUGAGCUACUGGAAAUGCACAGGCAAUUCUUCUGCAGAAUGAAGGACAGACGGCAAGAAUCAUAUGAGGCAGGGAGUGAGCGUAAUUUUGUCAUCAGCAGAAUUGGAGACAUCCUUGUGCAGCAGUUUUCAGAGGAAAAUGCAACUAAAAUGGAGAAAAUAUACGGAGAGUUUUGUAGCCAUCAGAAAGAAGCUGUUAAUCUCUUCAAAGAGCUGCAACAAAACAAGAAGUUCCAGAAUUUUAUUAAACUGAGAAAUAAUAACCUAUUGGCACGACGCCGAGGAAUCCCUGAAUGCAUUUUGCUCGUCACCCAGCGGAUCACCAAAUACCCUGUUCUGGUUGAAAGGAUAUUGCAAUACUCAAAAGAAGGAACAGAAGAGCAUAUAGACCUGUGCACAGCCCUUCAUCUAAUUAAGGAUGUAAUAGCAGCAGUAGAUUUGAAAGUGAAUGAGUAUGAGAAAAAGCAAAAGCUGCUGAAAAUUCUCAGUAGAACUGAAAACAAAACAUAUACAAAGCUGAAAAAUGGCCACAUUUUUAGGAAGCAAGACUUGAUGAGGAAAGAGAGGAUACUUCUUCAUGAAGGUUUAGUGUAUUGGAAGACAGCCACUGGUCGGUUCAAAGACAUCUUAGCUCUGCUUCUAACAGAUGUACUACUGUUCUUACAAGAAAAGGAUCAAAAAUACAUCUUUGCUGCUGUUGACCAGAAACCUUCAGUCAUCUCCCUUCAGAAGCUCAUAGUAAGAGAGGUAGCCAAUGAAGAAAGGGGCAUGUUUCUGAUUAGUGCUUCAGCUGCAGGGCCUGAGAUGUAUGAGAUCCAUACCAGCUCCAAAGAAGAACGUAACAACUGGAUGAGGCAUAUUCAAGAGGCAGUGGAAAGUUGUCCAGAAGAAGAAGAAGAAGAAGUAAAAAUGAUUGAAUCUGAUGAAGACAGACGUAUUGCUGAGGCCAAGGCAUACAGAAUUCAGAAAUAUCAAGAAUCACUGAAUAACCAGGACCAGCAAAUCUGUAAUUAUUUAGAAGAAAAGUUGCGUAUCUAUGCAGAACUGGGAGAUUUGUGUGGGUUUGAAGACGUCCAUGUAGAACCUCACCUACUUAUCAAACCCGAUUCUGGAGAAACUCCACAGGCUGCCUCACUGCUGGCAGCAGCACUCAGAGAAGUUGAAAGUCUCUAUGUGGCCAUAACAACAUCACAAGUGAGCGAAACAGACAGAUCACCAGAGGAAAGUACUGAGGAUUUAAGUGUGAAGUAUAGGUUCUCUGCCAAUGAAAUAAUAGAAUCUGUUCCGGGUGAUGGAGAAAGAAAAGAAAUUGAAGAACCAACAGAAAUCGAUCUCAGUGUUGAGAAGGAAAUGGCAUGUGCCAAUCUUGAGGAUAAGGGAGGAAGCAUGCAUUUUUCAGGAUCUACAGGGACAGAGAUUGUACAAGCGAUCCAGAACUUAACCCGUCUCUUAUACAGCAUGCAGGCAGCACUGGCUAUCCAGGACAGCCACAAAGAGCUCCACAGGUUAGUACUGCAGGAGAAUGAGAAGACGAGCCGGAGCCAUGGCUCUCGGCCAAACCUCGUUUUGGAACAAGAGAAAUACCGAAAUCUGGAGAAACAGAAGGUUGAACUGGCCAACAUACACAAAUUGAAGCAGCAGUUUCAGCAAGAGCAGCAGCGGUGGCUGCGUGAAUGUGACCAGCGGCAGCGGGAGCAGGAGGCGAGGGAGGGCCGGCUGGGGCAGCGGGAGCGCGAGUGCAAGUGUGAGGAGGAGCUGCUGGCGCAGAGCCAACAGGGACUGGCGCUGCAGCUGCAGGAGUACCAACAGAAUCUGGAGAGGCUCCAGGAGGGACAAAAAAUGGUGGAGAGAGAAAGAGACAAUGUGAAAAUGCAGAAGAAACUCAUGUGGCACUGGAAGCAUGAUCAGCAAGACAACCUGUUCUCAUACAAAGGGAACUAUGAGAUAAUGGGAAAUAAUCAGUUGGACAGGAUACAUGGUGAAAAUGCAUUCUACGUCAAUGAAGCUGUAGUGUGUAUGUCCCUAACCAGAAUCAACAAAUCAGAUUCUUCUCUUGUUUAUGAGGAUGGUGUGUAUGGGAUGAAUAUCUCAAAUUCUGAUGUAGCAGGGACUAGUGAAAAUCAACUGAACCUCAAAAUGGACACUUCCUGUCAGCAAGCAUUAACUAAUGCACUGUGGAAAUCCACUACUCCUUACCAGCAGAUGUCUUUUUCCUGCAAAAGCAACAAGGAUAAUGAUCUGAAUGCAUCACAGACCCAGAGUCUCCAGACAAGUGUUCCAAACCAGGGAUCCAUCCAGUCACCACAGGCAGAUGAACUGCUCCUGAACCACCAGCCUGGGAGCCUGCAGGAUGCAGAAAGUGGAGCCAGAGUAGAGGAAAAGAUUGUUUACCUCUGAUGACUUGUUUUCUAAUCUCAGUAGCACUUUGGAAAGAUAACUGUGUUUGCUUUUCUAAAUUUCUGUAGUCGUUCUCUGUAUGACCAUCUGGCUUUAAGGGUAGUAUUUAAUAGUAAAUGCAAAAUUUUCCCCAUGAUAAAUAUAGCAAGUAAGUUAUUUUGAAGCCUUUGUGGUGUAAUCUUUAAUUUAUGACACGACUUCAAAUGCAUUGCAAGAAGCAAUGAGUAGCAGGGGAGACAUAACAUUUUGAAAUUGUAAAGAUGCCACAAAGGACUGUGAAAGCUAGUGUUCAUUUUAUCGAGUAAUUUUUUUAUAAAGAUGAGUUAAGAGAGACGGGUCUGCUACUUGAGAUUUCAGACUGUGUAUCAGUAACCUUCUAACAAUUGUGAUGUAACAUGAAAAGACAGCAAUGUAAGAGUGAUGGCUCUAGUCUUCGCUGAAAUGUGCUAUAUACCCUUAGCUGUUGGGUCAUUUUCCUUAUCUUCUAGCUCAGGAACUGCUCAGAAGGGGAUGUUUAUUACAGUCUGAGCAUAACUGCAUAUUUGUGAGUGUUUUUUCAUGUCCUGAAGCCUAUUGUCAUUUUGAUACUACUGCCAGUUUCUGUGCAGAGAUGCACUAAAUCAGUUAUUAUAACUGUUCCUCAUUUCAGUAAGUGUCCUUACACAUUAAAAUUUACCAGAUGAAACCAUCUCACUGGUCAAAAGAAAAGAAAGGGGAUAAAUAGUAGGCUUCCGUUAACUGAACUCUUUUGAAACUCCACUGCUUUCCUGUGUAGAAGUCAGAUAGCUUUCUGCUUCCAGAUUCAUGGGAUUUCCUGUGUGUUAGGAAGUAUGAAACCUGUUAUGUGCCUUUUUGUGUCUUUUUGUCUUUCUGAAAAAUUUGUACAUUUCUGUCACACUGAAUAAAUCUUCUGUGCUUUUCUGCUAAGA